GACAUCGACGGUGAACGAAAGGCGAAGACGCGGAAAGGCGCGUGGAAAAUCCAAGAAAAAGUUGAUGGAAAUGUGAGGCCCAAAUACGUGAGGCGCGACAUUUUCCGGACCAGCGGGUGUGUGUGUGUGUUUUUGUGACUCGAGGCAAAAGUAGAUUGUCAUAGAUCAAAGCUCUCAAAGCAAACAAAGUGCGAAUUGAUAGGACGCAAAGUAAAACCGAUAAAGUGAUAGAAAACAGAAUCAAACGAGGAUUGGAAGGAGUGAAAAAGAAGUAGAGCUGCAACACUAAAAAGAGACCGCAAGUCGAGUGGGUCAUCGCAAAAUGUUGACCCUGUGGACGGCACUUUUCUGCUGCCUGACGGGGCUGGCCGUGUGCUACCAGCGGCAGUCGGUGAGCAACAACAAUCACAACAACGCCGAGGCGAAGCCCACCCACGCACCCCCCUCGCACCAUCCCCAUGGCCACAAGUGGAACGAGCCGUACUUUGAUCUCACCAUGCCCAGGAACAUCACAUCGCUGGUGGGCAAAUCCGCAUAUCUGGGCUGUCGUGUCAAGCAUCUGGGCAAUAAGACGGUCGCCUGGAUACGACAUCGCGACCUGCACAUCCUCACAGUGGGCACCUAUACCUACACGACGGAUCAGCGGUUCCAGACCUCCUACCAUCGGGACAUCGACGAGUGGACCCUGCAGAUCAAAUGGGCCCAGCAGCGGGAUGCCGGGGUGUACGAAUGCCAGAUAUCCACGCAGCCCGUGCGCAGCUAUUCGGUCAACCUGAACAUCGUGGAUCUGAUUGACGCCGAGACCAGCGAUAUGAUGCAGCAGUAUUAUAGCGACGACGCCUUCUAUAUAGCCGAGAAUCGGGUGUAUCAGUCCGGCAAUGAUGAGUUCGCCGGCAUGUUCGGACCCAUUCAGACAGUUGCGGUGCCCACGGCCACCAUUUUGGGAGGACCUGAUCUGUAUGUGGACAAGGGCAGCACCAUAAAUCUCACUUGCAUCAUCAAGUUCAGCCCGGAGCCGCCGACCCAUAUCUUCUGGUAUCAUCAGGAUAAGGUUCUCAGCGAGGAGACUUCGGGCGGUCGGCUGAAAUUCAAGACCAUCAAGUCGGAGGAGACCAAAUCCAUUUUGCUCAUUUACGAUGCGGAUCUCCUGCACUCCGGCAAAUACUCGUGUUAUCCUUCGAACACGGAGAUAGCCAGCAUACGCGUCCAUGUCCUUCAGGGCGAGCGACCCGAGGCGAUGCAAACGAACGCGGCACCGGCGGCCGUCGCCCUGGCCUGUUGGUCCUGUCACUUUGGAGAGGCCACGCAGGCGGUCAGGGUAAUUAGCACAAUGGUGGCGGCACUUGUAUUGUUGGAGGCCUGCUCCUCCCUCCUCCUGCAGGGGGGAGGUGUGGGAGCAGGAGCAGGAGCAGGAGGACCCACUCGAAUCAGGAGUGAGAGACAGGAGAAGCCGCGACCAGGCCAACAGGCUGACCCCAAGGAUAUCUCGACGACGUCCGAGGAGCGAGUCAAUAAUGGCAGCCGCAUUGCACGGUGAUAAAUUAAUGUCGCCCAGUUGGAAUUCCACCGCCAAUGCAGCCCCCAAAUGCAGCAGAAAUGAUUUAUAGGCGAACUUACGGGAGCAGCAGCAGCAGCAUCUGAGGUCCUUCCGCCUGAGCUGCAUGUAAUACCUUUCUAAAAACCAACAAAAAAAAAGCAACUAAUUAUGCUAAUGAUGGAAGACGCCGUGCUGAUGGCGCUGCUCCUCCUUCGCAAGUUGUAAGUAAGUGUGUUUCUAAUUAAGUGGGCUGGGGAUUAGUUAGUUAGGCGGAAAUCAGAGCCAUGUACAUAAACUUCUCACGUAAAUUGCCAGCACACUAGCGAACUUAGCUAAAUGGAAAGCAUUUCGAACGAAUCAUCAAAUUAGAGAACUAUAUUAAAGUGGUUUGCUUAUAGAGCCAUGGCUAGGUGUUUAAAGAAAUAUUAAAGUAAAUAAAAUCGAAAAUAUGGAAAAAAGUAUUGAGGAUGUUUUCCAAAAAAAAAUGUAAUUCGAUUUAAAAACCUAAGGUAUAAACUAGUUUGUUUCUAGAAAUGUAAGUAAAGAAUUUAAUUUGUAUAUAGUACUCAGCCACCUUAACUUCUGUUUUUGAAUAUCUACUGAUUCCCAAAAGACCCCUGACUAGAAACUUAAGAAUAUACGUAGCGAAUGUUUACUCAGAUCGUUGUACAUAUUAAAGGGAUUCGUUCUUGAUUUGUGUGUGUUGUGCUUGGGUUACCCUGUAUAGCCUAGAGUUUAAGCAUUGUAAAUAUAUAGACAUACAAAGUAGCUAACUGUUUCGACACGAACUUCUUCGAAGGUUCCUAAACUAAUUUUUGAACAAAUUUACAUGUCCACUUCGCCUCAAUAAUCUAUGGUAACUCGGAGAAUGCAUGAGAAAUUCCUGCCAAAAACACGACUCAGUUCGAAGUGCGACUUUCCGGGCUAACAAUUUAUUUAGAAGAAUUUCUCCAAGUCAUGUGGGCAGUUCCUGUUCCCAUUUACAUGCUCCUCGCAAUGGGUUCAUUGCUCCAGCUCUGCUCGAGCCCAAUGAAAUUUAGAGCUCCCAUUUCAGCAUGUCCGGUUGCAUUUUUACGCCCUGCCCCUCCGGAAAAAAUAGGAGGAAAAAGGGAAGACAGAACUGGCAAGUCACUUUUCACUCUUGUCAACAAAAUAUUUGCAUUUCCAUUUGCCAAGGCGGUCGAAGUCGAAGUCGAAUGUGUUCAGGUUGGGUUUGUCUUGGCGAACUUUGUCCGGUAAAUCGACCCGAGACUCCUUCGUCCUGUGGCACUUUUAAAAAUGUAUGGCCCAUGCCCGGGACAUUGGGAACCCAUUGCCUGUGAGGAGCUGGGUUUAACUGAUCAAAAUUGUAAAUAAACCUGCAUAUAUACCAUAUGAAUAAACUAUAAACUGUACUCAAGUAUUUGUGUGGUAGUCAUACAUUACAUAUUAAAACACACAUAAAAAUGCACACUGACAUCGCGAAUCGGUCAUAUAUAUAUACAUAUAAAUAUAUGGAUUUAUAUACGUACACGAAUGUAUCGAUAUUAAAAAUGUAAACCCAACGCAUGCAAAAUUAGUCGCGACAUGUAAAUGAAUGUUUAAUGGGUAAAUUAAUGUUGCCAUAAGCGAGACAGAAAAAACCAUGAAUAUAAUUGCAAUUAAGCAAAUAAAAUAAUAUAUGUAUGUUAUAAGCAUAAUAAGGGGAAAAAUAGCGAGUAUUAUUACAGAAGCCGAAAAGCAGAAAACGGAAACAAAACCAAAAAAACAAAAAAAAAACCAAACUCUGUUGACUUUUGUUGCAAACAAAAUGGCAACGCAUUAUAAAGAUUAUGAAAUUGUUUUUAAUUUUUAAGCGACGUAGCCACGUAAAUAUGGAAAUCGGUAUGAAAAAUUUCAAUAAAGUUUUUUUAGUUAUUACCA